GAAAGUGCUUCGACACGCGGAUUGAGUGACAACAUGAAGUCGAGCUCUCCUGCGAAGUUGUUCAGCGGGUGUAAAGUUACGAGCGGACAGGACACACCUCUAGAGGGAGUUCCCGGGGAGGCUGGAAACAGGAGCUGAUCACUUCUCCUGCAGAAAAAGCUAGGAGUGCUUUCACUUGCAGCGAGCGGUCGUCCGAGUGCGUCUUUUCGGCAGCAGUAGCCGUGCCACGAGAGGAGAAUGCCUGGGAUGGGCAACUCUUUACGCGCGGCUGCCCUCCUGGCUUUCCUGGUUCUUUCUAUUCUGGUGUCACUCUUGAUUAGCAGCGUGCAGCAGUUUGGAGCUAGAGUAUCUCACUUUUCCAAUGCAACUGUUGGUGGUGAUGAGGGGCAGCUUGCGUCGCUCCGCGGGGCGUUGAUUUACCAACUGAACGAGAGGCGCAAAGAAAUUAUUCCGCUGCUUUUACCUGAUGAUGAUGAUGAUGAUGAAAACGGACUGUCCGGGGAGAGUCGACAUUCUUUCCAACACGAUCAAGCGCUAGACUCGACUUUGGAUUACAGUCUGUGGAAUGAGAUCACGCAUGGCUCCAGGAAAGCGCAUAUGGAUGAAAUGGACUGCGAUUCUCUGGUGGACAUGCAGGCGGUGGAGAUCCUCGGGUCUGGAUACACCAAACUGGUUGUCAAAGUGAAUCUAGCCGGAGGUCAGCCCGUGGCGUUAAAACUCGUCAAUGAGCAGGGGAUAGACAUGGGGAAGUGUGUGGAGGAUUUUAAAGACCCUCAAGGCUGCCGUGAGCUAGUUUCUUACAAGUUGAAGAAAGAAAUAGUCCUGUUGCAGAGGCUGCAGCAUCCGAACGUCAUAAAGCUCAAAGGUCACUGUGCAGGAGAUGCAGGAGGAAGAGGAGGAGAGGGAGGAAGAGUCACAGUCAUUCUGGAGCAGGGAAAUCCUCUCCAGAUGAUCCAGCUGCUCCAGAGUCCCUGGGAGGACAGAUUCAGGGUGUGUCUGGACCUCGUCAGACUCCUCCACUUCCUCUCCCAGUCUCCUCUGGGCUCCGUGGCUCUGCUGGAUUUCCAGCCCCGGCAGUUUGUCACCGUGUCUGGCGAGCUGAAGCUCACAGACCUGGAUGACGCCAGCGCUGAGGAGACCCCCUGUCGUAUAGACGCAGACUGCACCCUCCAGUUUCCACACAGAAAUUUCACUCUGCCAUGCUCGGGCCGGGGAGUGUGUGAGGGCCUGAGCGAGAAGAGGAACAUUUACAACGCCUAUAGGUAUUUUUUCACCUACCUGCUGCCUCACCAGGCCCCGCCCGGCCUCACACACCUGGUAGACCACAUCAUGAACUCCACAGGGGAGCUGAAAGCUGACAUCAAUCAAACGCUGGAGGCCUUUGAAAACAUCCUCCUCCUCUACAAGUCUGGCCUGCACCUGGACAACCUCCCUCCAUCAAUAAUCAGAGAUUACACCGUGAUGCGAGGCAUGGGGACCUCUGGGAAUGUGGAGUACCGCUGCUGGCCGUCCUACAGCCAGCAGGGCUGCGUGCUGUCGGUCCACAGCGCCAGAGAGGCAGCGUACAUCUGUAACUCCCAUUCUCAGUGCAACAGCUUCACUCUGACUGGACAGAAGACGUGGACGGGUCGCCUCCUGGCCUCUUUCAGGAGCAGCUUCAGUCAUCUGGUACCUGAUGGGACGUCAGAGGUGUACAUGAAGAAAACCAAAGCUCCUGAAACUUCCACAGUGUGACGCAAACAACAAACAGAACAAUCGCGUUUCAGUCAAGUCAGAGUCAUUACGGAGCGAGAUGAGAGAUAACACGCAGUCAGCGAUGUGAAGCAAAACAAAAUGUUGCGCUUAAGAUAAGAACUGUGUCCUCCUCGUGAACAUGUUGAAUGUGGAUUUUGCAGGAGGGAGCGUAGAGGCUGGGCUGAGGAGGAGGCAUUUGAAGUGAGGCAAGUGAAUGUGAUGUAUUUAUAGGGCUUCUGCUCAGUGACUGUUUGAUCUGCCUGCCAGCUCACUGCCUCUGCCAACUACUAUUUAAAGGGAUUUCCCUUCAGGUACAAUUAAGGAGGGGAGAGCCUUGUGCCCUCAACAUGUUUUUUUUUUUUUCUACCUUGUCUUUAUUUGCCAUGUGUGUUGGCUUUCGUUUGUGAGGCCGGGUCCCCAUAGUAGGAGUUUUAAGCCAAAGAGGUAAUAAGAACAGCCGCUGCAGCUCAGCAUUUGAAGCCUGAGGACGAGAAAAGAAAACAAGCUCUUAUACAAAUACACUUUGAUGUUAAUGCGCUGAGGUUGCGGCUGUUUUUUCAUGGUUCCCUGGCUUAGCUGUGCUAUGGUAUGAGAUGGCAACAACCAUGUAAGCAUUUACACAUUAACAAUGAGCAAAGAUGAUUAAAACCAUUCCAGAGCAGUCUGUUUUUACAUACUUUUGUAAAUUUAGUUUAUAGUGCUUAGUUUGUAAAUAUUUAUAUGAUCGAAUGAAAUGUAAUUGUUCUUACAUGAUUGUGCAUUAUAGCUUACAUGCACCUUGUGGGUGAAACUUUUAUUUUCAAUGAAAAAUUAUUCACUUUAGUGUUUUUUUAUACUUCACUUAUUGUAAUUGUACAGUUUUACAAUUUUGUAAUUAUAUAAAUGUAUUGUUUCUA